AUGAAAGUACACAUUUAUGUAUUCUUCCUUAUUUGUUUGCUGAUUGCAACGAAUGGAUUAUUUGCAGCGGCCAUUCUCUACCAAGAUGAAAUUCCCACGAACUAUUUCAAGAAAGAUGUUUCCUCUGAAAGUGACUUGAACCCUAAGCAUUCCAAGCAAGAUCACCGAAAUGCUUUUAGCGAAAUUCUUGAGCCAGAUGUUGGGAAUGGCUUUUCAUUUAACAAACUUGAGACAUUUAGUACAGAAGACUUAAACUAUCACAAUGACGACCCGAGGUAUCUCCACGAGGAUGCAGAUUCGACAGGGUUUGAUUCGGAUGGGGAUGCUAAUUAUGUUGUGGACCAACCGGAUCUUUCUCAUUACGAUCAUGACGAUGGAGAAAGAAAUUAUUAUAAUGACCCGCCAGCUGAGCAUAAUCACGAUCAGUUUCUUGCUUACAACAGGCGGCAAAUUCCCGAUAAAUUGAUGGAGACAGAAGAGAUCAUUACGAGGCAGGGACGAAUCAGAGGAAUAGUUCGAAAGAUGCAUCCUCAGUCCGGAUUAGAUGACGUCGAUCAGUUUUUGGGAAUACCAUAUGCUGAAGCACCAGUGGGGAGUAAUCGGUUCAUGCCACCAGGAGCUCCACCGCCAUGGCAUGGAAUCAAGCAUGCAUCCCACUUGCCACCAGUAUGUCCACAAAAUUUACCGGACCUAAACAAACAACACCACAAUUUAUCAAAAGGCCGCUACGACCAGUUGGUGAGACUCAUGCCGUAUCUAAAGAGCGAAAGUGAAGAUUGUCUUUAUCUCAAUCUCUACGUUCCCAAAUGGGGUGGAAGCGGGCCAACAUCUAAGUAUCCGGUGAUAGUCUACAUCCAUGGAGAGUCUUACGAAUGGAACAGUGGAAAUCCUUACGAUGGUUCGGUCUUGGCUAGCUACGGCAAAGUCAUUGUCGUUACGCUAAAUUACCGAUUGGGCAUUUUAGGUUUCAUGAAACCCGGCAUCAGUGAGCACACCGUAAGCAAUUUUGGAUUGCUGGACCAGAUAGCAGCUCUUCAAUGGGUUAAAGAUAAUAUCGAGUUGUUCGGUGGUGAUAAUCAGCUCGUGACCCUAAUGGGACACGGCACAGGAGCAGCAUGUGUCAAUUUGUUGAUGGUAUCGCCUGUUGCCAAAGGUCUAUUUCAUCGUGCGAUUCUCAUGUCGGGUUCAGCAAUGUCGGACUGGGCCACGACAAAUCAUUCACUUCAAUUGACAAUGCAAAUAGCCCACGGACUCAAUUGUCCUCUGAAUGAUGCAAAUGACGAAAUGCUGAACUGUUUGAGGAAAAAGCGAUAUCAAGAAAUACUAAAAAUCCCAACGUCGUCGCCUCAAUUUUCCACAUCAUUUGGGCCAAUUGUCGACGGAUUAGUGAUUCCAAACCAACCUUAUAAGGUGAUGGGACAAUAUACGGAUCUUUUCAGCAGAUAUGAUUUAUUGUUUGGUGUUACCGAAGUGGAAUCGUAUCAUACAUUAAAUGCAUUAGCACUCGAGGAGGGCUUGCGUGAAAAUGAGCGCGACAAUUUAUUGCGAUUUUAUAUGCAGAACCGCUUCGAGAUUCGUCCAGAUUUGGCACUCGCUGCAACACUACAGAAGUACACGGACAUUUACAACAAUCCGGUGAAAGCAUCUAGUCAUGAACACCGCGAUGUUGUCCUGGACAUCCUUUCAGAUGCUCGAGUGGUAGCACCUGUAAUUCAAACUGGCAUUUUUCAUGCAAAAGUGAAUCCUCGUACCUACAUGUACGUUUUUGGACAUAAUAGUGAAGCUGGAGCUUAUUCCACGGUCCCUCACAGUAUUGUUGGCGAGGAAUUGGCUUUUGUUUUCGGAGCACCACUGGCUCCAGCUGGCCCGUUUCACUUACGCUAUAGCACAUCAGAAAGAUUACUCUCGGAAGCAGUCAUGCUAUAUUGGAGUAAUUUUGCCAAAACUGGAAACCCCAAAGCACCUUGGAAAGACACCUUCAUCAACCUCCACCCGCUAGAAUGGGAGCGAUAUGACAUCGACUGGUCUGAAUUCAAUACAAGAAAUCAAUGCUACGUCAACAUAGGGAUACCUCCGUCAAUAGGAUACAAAUAUCGUGAUAUAUACAUGAGUUUUUGGAACAAGCAACUACCUGAUGAGCUGAGGCAAAUUUCAGCUAUUCAGCCACCACCAUUCGUUCAUUACUAUCCACCAAAUCCGGCACAAAACCCCCGACAAGGUACUUCAGUGGAUCAUAUCAUAACCGGACAUAUGAAUAAGUAUCCGGCUAAAAGCGUGCAAUCUACCGAAGAUCCUUUGCGCACUUUGAAAUUCCUCCUGAAGGAUCCCCUAGAUACAGCCGGCAUGUAUAAUGCUCAGCCUACCAACGGUGGUUCUACCGACGAACCGAAAAUCAAUUUGUUCGAAAAGCAUGAACAGGAAGAAGAUGAAAUCAUGAAAUCUGAAAGUACAGUUCAUAUCCUCGUUGGAUUAGUUAUAGUGUUCCUGGCUAUCAAUGCGAUUAUCGUUUCAAUAUAUUUGAUUAAGAAACGGAAGAAAGGAAAUCGAAUCACCCGAAAAUUGGGCAUUUUAACCUAUGACGGCACGAAUGACGAUGACCUGAAGCGAACUAAACGUAAUGAUGGGGACGACAGCUACAUCCUGGAUAUUGUUAGAAAAUCGAAUACAUAUGAGCCAGUGAAAACUUCCUCCUGCUCGCCUAUAAACGGAUACAAAAUUACUCGACAGCUCAGUUCAAGUACAGUAGAUACGCACGUUAAGGUUAAUGACUGGAUAUCCCAGGAAAUUGCAAAAUAUAGUCCGAAAAGUGGAAAACGCUCAUCACCGUCAUUUUCAGUUCGAGCUAGAAGUUUUCUCAUAAAGCCUAGAAAAAUAAGUGUUGCCAUAGAUGCAACGCCUCAAGCGAGAAGUCGGAGCAUUUUGAGGCAGGAACCUAUUGAAGUGACGAAACUGAAGGCUCCAGAUAGUCCUGUGCGGAAUAUUAUAGUUUGUCAAGAAGUCGAAGUUGACGCCGAUCUUAUCAACCCCAAUGAAGCGGAUGAUUCCAUAGUGGGGUUGAAUAGAAGAACAUCCACUUAUUCAAUACCAGAAUAUCCAAGGGUACAUAAAAUUGAUCAUAAGCAUUCGCAAUCUGAUCCGGUGGAAAUGUAUUACACAGUUCAUAGAAACGACGAAGAAAUCACCAGCUUUGUAGAGGAGACAGAGGACAAAGAUGUGAACGUUACAAGCUGUGAUUCUGCAAUUGAAAAAGACCCAUUGACACCCGAAGAGCAGCUCCAGAAUAUUAAAAGAAGAAAUUUCCCAAAAGUUCUGCCUGACUAUCCUGACUCGGAGGAGGAGUAUGCGAUGGCUAUGUCUGUGAAAAGAAGAUCUCUACCACCACAACACUUCAGUUUUCUAGGACAACUAAACAAAGUUCCACCAACUCCACCGCCGCGCACCAUAUCCACACUAGGAAGGUACCCAUCAAAGCGGCGCGAUAGCAAUAGCAUUACAACUUCACCUGUCAUGCUGGCUGAAGACUGUCCUGAGGAGGAAGAACCUGAAAUAACAGCGAACACAUUAAUUGUAGGACCCCUCGUUCCAAAAAGCUCGGAGAGUCUUUACUGCACUGUUCGGGGGAAGAAACAAUUAAGUAACGAAAAAUCUGAAGAAAAACCCGUGAAGGCAUCCGGGAUAAAGCCACCAGCAAACACUUCGUCUUUUGCCCCGCAGCGAUCUUCUAGCAAAACAAAUAUACCUCGAACUCAUCACGAUAGUCAUUCGCGAAUACCACAGUUGAAAACCUUUCCCACAUCUGGCUCUGCACCUGGGGAGAGUGAGAGAGAGAAAUCAACACCAGAAUCCAUAUCAUCUGCAUCAGAUACCAAUUCCAGCACCGGCACAGUCAAAACAGAGUUAAAAGCUAGUGACAUGAAAAAGAUAUAA